UGAGGGGCACCCCGCCCCCUAGCCUCCAGCAGGUGAGGAAGGCCCCCGCUCGCCCGGAGUCCGGACGGCCGCCGGGGCGGGGCGUUGCCAGGCCGAUCGGUUGCGUAGCAACGGCGGGCGGUGCGAGACGUGCGCAGCCGCACUUCGGUCCGAAGCGCGCCCGCCCCUUGUUAGACUUGCGCCGCCGCGUCAGCUCGGCGCUCGGUCUCUCGGCCCGCAGCUGUGAGGAGGACGUUCUGCAGUCUCCGCGCCCGCCGGCUCCCUCCCCUGCGUCCCUGCGACCACCGCGGCGAAGAUGGCCUCAGGAGUGCAAGUUGCUGAUGAAGUAUGUCGCAUUUUUUAUGACAUGAAAGUUAGGAAGUGCUCCACACCAGAAGAAAUCAAAAAAAGAAAGAAGGCUGUCAUUUUUUGUCUCAGUGCAGACAAAAAGUGCAUCAUUGUAGAAGAAGGCAAAGAGAUCUUGGUUGGAGAUGUUGGUGUAACCAUAACUGAUCCUUUCAAGCAUUUUGUGGGAAUGCUUCCUGAAAAAGAUUGUCGCUAUGCUUUAUAUGAUGCAAGCUUUGAAACCAAGGAAUCCAGAAAAGAAGAGUUGAUGUUUUUUUUGUGGGCACCAGAACUUGCACCUCUGAAAAGUAAAAUGAUCUAUGCGAGCUCCAAGGAUGCAAUCAAAAAGAAAUUUCAAGGCAUAAAACAUGAAUAUCAAGCAAAUGGGCCGGAAGACCUCAAUCGGGCUUCUAUUGCUGAAAAGUUAGGUGGGUCCUUAAUUGUAGCCUUUGAAGGAUGCCCUGUGUAGAUCAUCAUUCAGUGCCACAAAUUGAAAGCUUCCAUGUUUAAUGUUAUCCUCUUGCUAUAUAAAUAAAGCAAAAAUAUAUUUAGGCCAGGGUCUCACUGAGGGGGAGCUGUCUUGUCAUCUUUUAGAGUAAACUAAAUAUUCUGUGAACUUGUGCAAACAGCCCUAAAUAAAUCUAAAUUCUAAAGUUCUAUUGGUGUGAAAUUAAAUUCUUAUUGGCCAAAUGCCUGUUUUGAUGAGUUGACUUACAAAGGUUUUUGUUAAGCUCAAGAUUUUUAAUGCAGUUCACAGUACAAGGCCAUGUGAAGAGAAUUAUUACAUCUUUGUUAACCUCAGCUCUUACUUUAUUUUGCUUAGAGAAUUGGUCUUAAUCUGGUUAUAAUUUUGGCCCAAAUUUUUUAUUCCUUGAGCUAAACAGAAUGGAAUAUCAUACAUCCUUAUAAUAUAUAAAAACACUAAUACACUAACAACAGUAUGGUUAAGGCAGGCAGUCUUUCGGUUCUACCAAAUGUAUAAUGGAGAGUGCCUCCAAAUUGUGUCCACUUACAAUCCACGCUGAUCUUGCAAAGCACUAUUUCAAGCACGACGUUGGAAUACAGGAAGCAGCCCCUGUAACUUCGGUGAGCUCGCCAUUCGCUAGUUGGGAGACUGUUCUGAGAGUGACCUUGCAUCUUGGAAAUCAUGGUGUGUCCUCAGGAGAAUGUGCAGUGUCUUGUAACAACUAAUUAUAAUGCAAAUUAGGGCACCAUUGUAAUAUGAUUUGUUAAUGAAAAUGAUAAAACGGUAUAUUG